UUUUGUUCAAUAAAAGUGCGUAACACCAGUCUGAAAAAGCACAGCCAUUACACUGAUACAGUGAGACAAACCUAAUAACCGGUCGGCGUGGUACAAACCCUACUUUUUCUACUUUCACUGUUCCACUCUCAUUACCUGCCAAUUUUUUACCAUUCCCCAACAAAACCUCUCGUCCCUCACUCUCCUUUUCAAUACCAUUAUUUAUUUACACACUAAAAUAAAGUUUUACAUUUCAGGAUAAACCCACAAAAAAAUGAAGGUUAAACGUAAAGGAAAUGCGCUCUCUUCACCAUUAUCUUCACCUUCUUCUUCGUUUAAAGAUGCCGACUCACUUUUAAAGCUACUCCCAGUUACCAUUUUAGCCUUGGCGUUCUCUCUGCCGAACCAGGACCGUGAGGUUUUGGCUUAUUUGAUUUCAAGGUCUAUGAAUGGCUCUAACCAGAGUUACCAUGGUAAGAGCAAGUGCAGGAGUGUGAAAAAGAUGGGUGCUUUUGAAUGUGGGUGUUUUGAGUGUUACACUAGCUUCUGGUACAGAUGGGAUUUGUCUCCUAAUAGGGAGUUGAUUCAUCGAGUUAUUGAAGAGUUUGAAGAGCAUUUGGUGGUGAAUGAGUCUCCGAGGAAACAGAACCGAGGCGGUAAGAAGAAAGGCAGUAAAAAAGUUGAUGUUAUUAAACUAGCUGAUGAAAAGGAUUCUGCAGAAAUAUUACCUGCUGUUGAAGAUGAAGUGGUAAUGAUGAGGCAAGAGAAAACUGAAGGUCUGGUUAUGGAGGAACAUGAAGAAGAGAAGAUUGGUAGUGGUGAUGUUCUUGAAAUGGAGGUGGUGACUGUACAAGCAGCAAUGGGAUUAGGAGCUAGUUACCAUAAGGGUUUUGCCAGGAAGGUAUUACCGGAUGUGGUUGGUUUGUUAAACUCUCGUUUAUGGAGUCUCUGGAGUCCGGGUAUUUAAUCAAUUUCAUUUAGCUAUGAAAACACAAGAAAAGUAGGAAUCUUUACUUAAUUUAAGCUGUUAAUUUGGGGUUUUAUGGUGGGAUUUUGAGCUCUGUUUUGGGUAUAGUAUUGGGUUUAUGGGAUAGAAUCAUUUGGAAAUUAUAUUAUUGCUAAUGUAGGUUUAUUGAUGGAUUAAUGAUGUUCAGUUUCUGUUAUUAAAGUUGAUAUGACAAUAGUGAAAAGCAGAGCCUAGUCUAUGAGUAUUAGUAAUUCAUUUUCAGUGUAUAGAAAUUUGAAGUUUUGAC